GAGCCGAUGGAUGGAUCCCGGUGGGAGAAGCUAAGGCCAAGCAGGAGCUAAAGGGACCGGGACUGCUGGCUGGGGACCUGCUGAAGGUGGAGAAGGUGGGUGGUGGGGAGGGUGGGCGAAGGACAAAAUCCCAUCACCGGCCACAGUUCGGUCAGGGCUGCGAGGUUGGACCCACGCAACACCGCUCCAUCCGCCUCCAGCGCUGGAGAAGGGAAUCGGGGUUGUUCGCCCGCUCCCCAUCGCUCUGGAUUGCGCUCGGAGACCCAUCUGGGGUUUGGGGGGCCCCGCUGCGAGAUGUACCAGAGCUUAGCCAUGGCGGCGAACCCUGGCCCCUCGUCCUACGAAGGGGCAGGUGGCUUCAUGCACGGCGCUGCCGCCGCGUCCCCCGUCUACGUGCCCACCACCAGGGUCCCCUCCAUGCUCUCCAGCCUGCCCUACCUGCCCAGCAGCGGCUCUUCCCAGCAAGCCAGCCCCGUCUCCAGCCACUCCAUCUGGACUCAACCUGGAGCUGAAAGCGCCGCAUACAACCCCGGAUCUUCCCACCCGCCCGUGUCACCUCGCUUCUCCUUCUCCACCAGCACUCCCAUCCCCUCCACCUCAUCACGGGAUGCCGCGGCGGCUUACAGCAGCUCCUUGAGCCUUUCUGCUAACGGGAGGGAGCAAUACAGCCGGGGCUUCGGCAGCUCCUACUCCAGCCCUUACCCAGCGUAUGUGAGCCCCGAAAUGGCCACCACUUGGACUUCUUCGCCCUUCGAUAGCCCCAUGCUGCACAACCUGCAGAGCAGAGGGACGCCCGCGGCCGCCCGGCACGCCAACAUCGGUGAGCAAACCACCCCGAGGCAGGGAUGGGGUGGGAGAAGGGAGAAGGGAGAAGGGAGAAAGGAGAAGGGAGAAGGGAGGGUUUCAUUCCGUGUGCUCCCCAAAUCUUUAUCUGCGCAUCCUUUUCUCUGGAGGGUUUUGAAUGCAUCUCUGCCAGAGAUGCAAAAUUUUGGGCUUCCACGUAGGUUGUGCCGUGAUGGACGCAACCCAACCGUUGCAAAAAGUCCUCAAGGGAUACGAUUCCAAAAGAAAAAAUGUGAAAGUUAAAUGGAGGUAGGCCUGGAGCGGCCAGAAAUCACGUGCCGAGCUCCCAUGGAAGGGUUUGCUCUGCAAAUAGAUCUGUGAACAUUUUGGGACCAUCCCAUUGCAGUCUGCAGGAGCACACAGGCAGCCCUUUCCCGGGCUUGGUUUUGGUGCAGAAGGGGGAAAUUUAGGGACUGAAUGCAUGAGAGAGGUUCAGUAUGUGAAUCUCAGCUCUCAACCUCGGGCUGCUUUGUGCUGUGUCCUCUUUGUAGUUUUUGGGAGGGUCGGUUAGAGACUGGGAAAAGGUGAUAGAGAUGAAGAAACAUAUCCAUUUCAUUCUUACAGCCGCUGGCACCCAGUUUUGCUUUUUUUGGGUCUCCUGGGUGGCUCAGCACAGCUGAGUGCCCCAGAAUUGAAUUUCAGAGUCCCCAUUGCCAAAAACCCAUCCGGGAUCCCUUGAGCCGAUCCCCGUCUGCGGCCGACACCCGAAUUUCCAUAAGCAGCUCUGUCCUAAAACCAAAGAAAUCGCUCCACGAGGCUUAACAUAUUGCUGUUGUAUUUUGGAUAGAAUAAAAGGAGAAAUGGAGAGAAGAGUUGGGCCGAGGGACUGCUCUUAUAAAUCUCCUUCUGUUGCCCACGGUCUCGUUGUGGAGCUAUUGCUGUUAGCUUUGGAGUUAACAAAACGAAAGGCGAACGGCUUGCGUUCAUCGGCUGAUCAAUGUCAGGAUUGCACUUUUUAACCUGCACUUUAGAGAGCACUUUUCCCAUCUUGUCCCAUGAAAUUUUCUCAGUCUUUUGUAUUAUUUUUAGGCGUUAUCAUAGUGAAAGUUGGGUGUCAGCGAAGGCUUGGCCUUGCCAAUGCCUUUUGCAUUUCUUCAAGUAUUAAGAGAUUGCUUAAAAUGGGGAGCAGAGCAGGGAUAAAGGCCAUUGAGGAAGGGAUUUUGGGAAGCCGUGCGAUGGUGGAUGUGCAGGAAACCCAGGAGCUAUUGAAUUGGAUCAUUUAUGCAUUUGUAUUUGACUACCGUGGCAUCUCUUCCCAUGGGAAAAAAAUACACCGCCUUUAUGCAGCGGUCACAAAUGACUUCUUAGCCAUAAAAAACACUUAAGAAAAUGAAAUGAUCAACAUGAAGACUUGUAGUUGCAGAAAUACCGGGCAACUUUCAGGUGAUUUGGGGGUUCCAAGCCCUGUGCUGAGCAGAGCUCUGUGCUGCUGCCCCGCGGCUGCGGCCUCCCCGUGCUUUGUGCCGAGCUCUCGCACAGCACCGCGCCGAUGGGACGAAGCUGCCCAACAUUCAGGGUGCAGACAGAAAUGGGGAUGGCAUGGAAGGCAGCUCCUUGGUGGGCAGCUUGGGGCCCGAGCUCCUUCCUUGGCCUUUCCUUAGGAUAUUUCUUUCUCCGCACAGUCUCUGGGUGGAAACAUAACCCUUGGCGCAAGGCUCUGUUAAACCGAGCGGUCCUGGCAGCACUUUCAUUUUCCUCCGGUGAUUUUGCUUAGUGGAAAAUGCCACCCUUGGACUGCUUUAAUUGCAGAGCAGUCUGUCAAUACCAUAAUAUUAAUUAUUAUUAUUACUAAUGAAGAUCAAGCGCGCGCAGAGUUGGAAUUGCAGACUCAGACAUGCAGUCUACGCAAUUGGGAAUGGCACUUAUUUCCCACUGAUAAGCAGUGCUGCAGGAAAAGCUCGGUGAAACUGUACUCGAAGGUGAUAGAAAACAAUACUAAAAGAAAAGCUUUCUUGCUUUUCCCUAAUAGGAAGCAUUUGGGGUGCCAUAGCAGCUCUGUGGUAUCAAACAGCAGUCUGGGAAGCAUAAAUAAAUAUAGGGAAAAAUAAAAAUGGUGCGUGUUCACGGUGCCCCACUUGGGCUUCUGGAGGUAUGUUUGGGGAGCACUUCAUUACCCUGCAGGGAGGAUCAGAACUGGCAGCCUAAGGCCGUGAACUUGCUGCAGGUGAGGGAAUGGAACAUGGGCAGUACUCCUCCAGGAGCCCCUCCGGCUGCUCCCAACUGCCCCCAAACCCCUGAAAUCCACCCAAAAGCAGUGCAGGAGGGCAGCUUGCCCCUUCCCCCUGGCCAGGCGGGGACGAGUGUGGAUUGAGGCAGUUUGCAGCACGAGGACGGCAGACAGAUGCUGCUUCCCCAUCCCACUGCAAUUUCAUUGCAAUUUGAUUAUGUUUCUUUCACUGUAGCCAGUGCAAACUUACAAAACAGAAGAAAAAUGGAAGAAAAAUAGAAGGGAUUUUUGUUUAUUUGCUGCUCCAUUUCUUCUUCUCGCUUGGUUUUUUUAUUUUUCUUCACUUUUUGCUCCAGCGUCCAGAGGACGCUGAAUUUUGCUGCCGUGCUUGGGAGCAUUUCAGGGCAUGGGGCAUUCUGUAGAACUAUCACAGGAUCAUAGAAUUGUAGAAUUGCAGAACCACUGAACCACCAAAUUAUAGAAUUGUACAAUCGAAGAAUUGUAGAACUGCGGAACAGUAUAAUCAUUGAAUUGUUGAAUUGUAGAGUUGUAGAAUCAUAGGAACGUAGAACUGUAGAGUCAAAGGAUCAUAGGAUCACAGAAUCGUAGAAUCAUAGGAUCAUAGAAUCAUAGAAUCAUUGACUCAUAGAGUCACAGAAUCAUAGAAUUGUUGGAUCAUGGCAUCAGAACCAUACGAAGGGCAGCUGCUGGCCCUUUGCAUUUCAUUCCAUCUUUUGCCAAGUCCCCAGCCAGGCACUGCAAAGAUCAAAGCCCCGAGCAGACGCUGUGCUCGGUUGGAAAAUGUUUUUUCGGUGCUGUUGGGAGAUUGGGAACCAGAUCUUAACACUUUCCCAUAGGGAUGCGAAGAGCUUUGCCUGGUAGCAUCCCCAGGCCAGCAUUUCCAGUGACUCAUCGCCUUCGCGACACCCCCUGCCCUACCCGCAGAUGCCCCGGGGCAACAGUGAGAAGGAUGAGGUUUGGCUUUUGCUCAAAGGCACGGCUCUGAACGCUUUGACUUUGGGCUGAGGGAGGCAUUCCGGGAUGCUUUCUCCCUCAACUUCUUUCCCCUUUGCAAAAAAUCACUGCUAAGAGCAAACUGAUCAAUCACAGCCCUCCACAAUUGUCACCGUGGCCAUAGAGCACAGUCUGGGACUUGAGGGCAAAACCAAAGAACUAAGGGAUAGGGAUGCAGGAUUUGAGCGCGCUGUUCUUUUCUUUACCCCCUACGCAUCCCCAAACAACAUAUUUAAAGCUGCAAAGAAAGUGGCAACAAUAGAUUAAUGAUGUAGAUCCGUCAUUGGAAGCGGCGCUCGAUACAAACAGGCAUGUUGCAUAGAGCAGCUGUGGUGCAGUACAUGCUGCAUAUCAGAUCAUGUAUUAUAGGUUUUGUAUAUAUAUUUAUGUAUAUAUAUUUGCAAAGCAGCGGAAUUGAAGGCAGUGGGAAAUGGCUCCAAGUCUAACACUUUAUCAAACCAGGAUUUGUUAUUUUUUUCUCCUCUGAAUACAAAUUUCAAUGCGCGUUUUUAUCCCUGUAACAAAACCAAUGAUUUAUUUCCUCAGAGCACAGCCCAUCAUUCCCUGUUUCUGCAUUUAUUUCCAUCCGUUUUGGGGGUAAAAAUAUGAAAUCCUUGGAAAUAGAGGAGGGUUUAUCAGGGGGUGUUUAGCAGAGGGAAUUGGACCCGAUCCUGUUGCUUCUGUGCUCUUCUGAUGAUGGAGGAGCCUUGGCUCGGUUGGCAGAGGUGCUCCUCGCUUCUCUCAAAUGGAGAAAUAUCCCUUUCCUUUUUUCUUUUUUGAACGGGAAAACCCAAUGGUUGAGAUAUUUAGGGAGCUUGGUAACAUUGGCCUGGAAAAAUCUUCCCUUUGCAGCAAUGCACGGACCAGCAAUAAAUCCCAAGCCAGGUGAAAAAGCAGCAGGAGCACUGCGAGGUGAGCAGGGAUCUGUGCCUGGAGGUCGGCAGUGUUGGGGCUGUGAGAAUAGGGAUGUGAAAAAAUGCAAUUUUCAGCACACGCGCACACAAAACCAAGAGUUAAGAGCUUUGUUAAAGUAGAAAACUCCAAACUUUCAACGCUUUCUCAUUGGCGAAGGGCUCUGCAUUGAAAUUUUUGCUCCUUGAGACCAGCCGAGCGUUGGGCGGAUCGGGAAAAGAGCUGCAAGCAGACCUCUUUUUUUGGACAUUUUGUCCCCAAAUUCCUUUCCACAUCUAUAAGCCUGGCGUGCCCUUUUGUAUCGUUUGCUUACCAAAAAGGGGUGCAGAGAUGGGACUCGUGGGGCUGCUGGGGACAGAGGUAGACACUCCGAUGUUUGCAAUGUGACCGCGCUGCCGAAACCCGAAGGACGGGUUGUAUCAGGAUGGCUCGCUGGGUGUGAGGGACGUGUGCAGUUAUGCAGGGGAUGGGGAAUAUUCAGCUGUUCCCCCUGCAGAUGGGUCCCAAGCUCCCGCUGCUUUCGGGCUGUCUGGCAGGAAGGUGUAAAUCCGCCUUUUGCACGCGGCUGCGAAACGCCGCUUAAAUAAGCGGGGAAAUAGGAGAGAACGUGCUUCUGCAUCCCAAAUGAUGCCAAAUAACACAAUCAAAUUUCAACAUAAUGUUGGAGGGGGGGUUGCUCAUUUGGGAGGGUGAGGGAAAAAGCAAAACCUUGGGCCAGCAUUGCUUAGAGCUGCCUAUUACUGUCCCGAAGCACGGCGAAAUACUAAACCCCUCCAACCUUCCACGAGCUGUCCUCACAUGAUCGGUCACGGUGACCGGUCCGAGCUGUAAAUACAUCCAUAAGGACAAAUUAAAGCCAAUUAUCUGCCAUUCCUUAGCAGUGAGGUCCUCAGACGCGGGCGCUCACAUGUGCGUGACAGCGGCCGAAAAUAAUUCCAUCGUCAUUGCCUCCGCAAUGGGGGAUGAGUGAACGGAGGGCUCUUUUGGAAAUCCCUGUGCUGUGCACACUUUGCAGGAUCUCCUGUGAGGUGGCUGCAGGGAUGGGGUUUUUUUCUGGGGGUGUUCAGGUUUUGGGGGUUUUGCUUUGGGAAAGCAGAGCGCGGAGGAGAGGUCCCGGUGGCUGGGCUGUGUUUGCAGCAUUUCCCGUGUGCCUGAGCAAAGCCAACCCAUGCACUCAGCUGGGAUUUCUCUCUCUGUGCACAAGCAGGAGUUGGGAUCUCUCCCCCAGACAGAGAUUCCGGAGCCUAGCAGGGAUCUGACCCCAUCAUCAGCUCUGAAAUGGCUCAGCCUUUCUUCUGCUGUUGGCAGCGCCUGGGUUUUAAAGCCAAGUUUGGGGCAGCACCAACUGGAAGUGAAAAGUGAUAUAUUUUUUUUUGUUUUGUGCUAAGAUGUGCUUAGUGAUGUUUCUUUUUCCUAGUUGUUUUCCUGCACGGUGAUGGUUUUGGUUAAUUCUCUUUGGUGGCUCUGGUCACCCAUAGCCCCUGUAGGAUUCAGGAGGGGCAAAACUGUGUCUUUCUGCUGCUGAAAUAAGGAAAGUGCUGUGGGCUGAGCACUGCUCAGCCCCUGUGCGCUGCCCCGUGCCUCAGUUUUCCCACUGACUCCAUCCAGGUAUUCCCAGCCUGCUCUCAGGAGGUGUGUUGUGCUCAUCACAGGCACUACAUUUCCUUUUGGAUUUGCAUCUGGAAUGCAAACAUUUUAAAAACUGAAAACAAAACAAAACAAAACAACAACACCACAACACCUUGCCUGCUUUGAGUUGAAAGCGUUCCCAUCUGAAAGCAGGAGGCUGGGAGCUGGUGCAGAGGUGCAGACACUUGCAAACGACUCGGGAACCUGAAGCUUUUCUCCCCAUAAACCAGCAGCACUUUCUUUUUCCUUUUUGGAAAGUGCCGCAGGGUUUGCAUGGUGCAGCACAAAGGGGUUUUCUAGUUUAUUUUUAUUUUUCACGACCCGUAAAGCUGGCGAGCCCCUUAUCAGAGCCAGCUGGGCUUCACAGCCUUGGGAGGGAAUAGGAAAUUCAGCUUGUUUGUGAAGGAGGGAAAAAAAAUAAUUCAUAGAAAGCCAGGGAAAGCGAGUUUUCCAUCGGUGGGGAAGGGGCAGCUGGAGCAGAGGUGCGUGGGGCUGAGCUCUUCCCUCCUGGUACCGGCUGCUUCUGAAUCUGGGAUCACAAAAGCUCUGUUUGGAAAUAUCUCCUAAUCUCUGGUGUCUGCUUGGAGCAUCUCAGGAGGAAUCCUGCCUCCAUCUUCUGGAGCCGUAUUAUUAUUAUCUGGCUGUAGGUGUCCCUGUUCAUUGCAGGGAGUUGGACCAGAUGGCCUUUAAAGGUCCCUUCCAGCUCAAACGAUUCCACUAUUCUGUGAUUAUGCGUGAGGCUCUGCUUUUCCAAGAAGGGAAAGAGGCAGAUUUGGGGGCAACAGGAAAGCUGGGAAACCUUAAUUCCUGUACGCUCACACUCCAGAAGAAACAAAAAAUGCUUACAUUAGUUUGCAAGCCAAGCUGUCGGGUUUGUAAGCCAAGGAGCCGCCGCCAUUUAACAUUCAGGCCUCAAAGUGCUGGGGCUGUAAAUAAGAGCAGCAAGGAAGUGAGCCCCAGCCAUCAGGGCUCCUCUGAACCACCCAUACGGCUCCAGGUGUCUGCAAUGGAUUUGGGAAAGGGCUUGCCGGCCACAGGGCUGGCUGCUGGGAAGGCUGCUGUGCUGGGACAUGCUGGGUGCUGCAGCUGCUGGGGGGUGUCUUCUCCUCGUGGUCUCCUGGGCUGGGAGGAUCACAGAAUCAUUGAUAGAAUAGCUUGGGUUGGAAGGAUCGUCCAGUUCCAACCCCCUGCCAACCACUGAAUCAGGCACUAGAUCAGGCUGCCCUCGUGCCCUGGAUUCUGGGCGCAACUGAGGUUUUUUCUGCACGGGUUUCCUAUACUCAGUCCUUCCUUUUGUCCCCUCCCAGAGGACGGGCAGGCUGCAUGCCCCUCGCCCCCUCUGCAGCCAUUUCUAUUUCCAACAUCCCGUCAGACUCUGUCACCUCCCUUCACACGCGAUCAAUAACAACGAGUGAGCAGGUUAAUUAUAAUCACAGAAUAAACGCCACGGUCUCAAAGUUCACUGCACUCGAGCAGCAUUUCAAAACGAGUGGACGACGCCAAGAAACUUUCAUUGAUUCCUCCGGGACAGGUGUGGGAGUUUGAACCUGUCCCCAAGCUGAUCUGAUUCGAGACUACUCCAUUUUGGUCCUUAUCUUAACUUUCGCCUAUCUUAUAAUGUCUGUUAUUUUAGAUAAAAAGUCCAAUCAAUUGGGUUAGAAAAAACUGCAAGUUGCAUGUUGCCCUGAUAAGUCGGGUACCUGCCUGGGCUGCAUUUUCUGAGUGCUGAGCUGACCUCUGCAGAUACUUUAUCACAGAAUCACUCUGUCCACGGUCCCGCUUGGCUCUGAGCUGCCUUCCUGUCCAGAAAGGCAUCAAACAGGAGAGGGGAAGGGACAGGGAUUAGACAGCUCCACCGUCCCGUGUAACACCAGGAACUGUGGACAAAGGCUCUGCUUGUGCCUGGCUGUCUUUCUAUGCGGGUCCUAUAUCCCUAGUGGGACUAUGAGCUGGACUCUGAGCCCCACAGUCCAAAUGAGCGAGCUAAAAAUAUGGGGCAGGGGCCUCAAUGUUCACACAAACACUGUCAUGGGGCUCUGACAUAUCAAGCAGUGUAUAGCCUUUGUAGUUCAUCUCUUACUAUACAUGGUAUAUACAUAUUUUAUAGCAUAUAAGAUAUGCAUUUAUAUACGUGUGUAUGCAUUAUAUUUGUAGUAUAUACAUCGAAUAUUACAUAUAGUUAUGUUCUGUAUAGCCAUAAAAUAAUAAUUCUAAUAACAAAAGCAAGGAGAACUAAUUAGUAAUGCUUCCUGCUUGCUAAAGCAGUAUUCUUUAGUAUAUAGUAUAUCUAUAUGAAUGGAUAUGUCUAUACAUGCUUGUAUAUGCAUACAUAAAAACAUGCAUAUAUAAUAUGCAUACAAUAGUAAUAAUACAACUAAUUUUAUUCCUACAAGCAAGAUUGACUCAGAUAAAUAUCCUACAUAGAAUCGUAGAGUCAUUAAGGUUGGAAAAGACCAUUAAGAUCAUCUAGUCCAAGUGCUGACUGAUCUGCACCACUCAGUACAAACAAAAUCUAAAAAAUGAGUUUCUGAAGUGGCAGCGUGGCAGAAUUGCAGGUUGCAAGGGAUGCCUGGAGAUGUCCAAACCCAACCUGCCCAAAGGAGGGCCACCACCAUCAUUGGCUGAGAUCUGCAUUGUCUCUGGCUUUGUCUUGAUGAGGCUUGGAAAUGCCCAGGGGUAAAAAUGCUCUCACCUCUCUGGGUAUCCAACUCACCUCCUAAUGAAACUCUUAUCCUAAUGCCCAGCUUGUCCCUUGUGUCUUCUCCCACUGUUGAGUUUGCCUGUUGUCAGCAUAUACCCAGAUAACUUCUUCCUAAUACUUCUUUGUCAUGACCCUAAAUAGCAUCAGUUUCCUGGGCCCAGAACUGGCUCUGGCUUUGAUUCACUUAGGUCACUUCUAUAGACAGAUAGGUGGCUACCAUCAAACAGAUGCUGCAGUAGAUGCGUGACCACAGAGCAUUGGGUUCCAGUGGUUUAAGGACUUUCAGCUCAAUCUGUUGGGCUCCAGCACCCAAAAGCACAUGAAGGCUGUGUCACGCUGGAAGAUGAACCAGAGACAUUAGACAUCCAAAGUUUUCCUUGGCUCUGAUGCUCUACAUUUUUCCACCAUCAUCCUUUCCCCUGCAGUCAGCAAAGUAGAACCUCUGCUAAGGCUCUUAUUUGGAGAUGGGAUGUAUUUCUAUGAGGAAAGCACUGGCUGAUUUUCCUUUGUCUACUGAGAGAAAGACCAUUUCCAGGUCCCUGCUGCCAAACAGACCCCAUCCAUGAGCUCUCCAUGCUAAUCUGAGAUUUAUUAAAAAAUAUUUGGACAGUCGAUAAGCAGAGGAAUCUCCUGUUUAUCAGAAGAGCCCCAGAUAUUUACAAGUGUAAGAACUGUAAGUAGGAUGAAGAAAGGGGAGGUCACCUUGGUGGGUGGGAUCAGGUCUGCAUCCCAGCAAAAGAAAGCAGACCUUGGAGCUCACUUGUGAAUGCCUUUGCCAUCAGCACAAGUUGUCAUUGAAGGGGCGGCCAGUGAAUUCUCUGAACAACAACAGCUUUUGCUGCGCUCUUUUAGGAUGAGCUUUUUGCAGGAUGUGAUGGAUGGGUUUGUGCCUGGUGGUGCCAGCAGCUGCUGAUGGGGCAGGAGUAAGCAGGUAGGAAUGGGUGGGGGGAACAAAUGGGUCUGCUUAUUGCCCCUGUUGUAUGGGGUUGUGCUCAAAUAGGGUGCUGAGGUGGCUGUGAUCUAACACGUGUCCAGUCUGUCUGUCAUCAAAAUAGCCUUUGUCUUGCACGUGUACGUGCACUAGUAUCUAUAUGUGACAUAUAGUCAGUGGACACGGGAAAAGGAUGGCCUUAUUCUAAUGUAGCACAAGGAGUGUUUACUAGACCUCCAGCCCACGUGCAGACACAGGACUCUACAUAGUCAGGAGUGUUUGCAUAUCUUUCUCCUGGACAGCAGGCUGUGUGUCUUUUGGGUUUGAGCCAUGGUGCUUCAAUGUGUCUGUGUCCCAUGCAGCUCUGGUACGAUAUUUAAGCUUGAGAGUUUGGGACCUGGUGAUGCUGGAGAGCUUUUCCAAGAAACCAGCUUGUCCAGCCUCCAGUACCACCUCUUACUCCUUUCUGAAACCAUAUGCUGAAACAUUCCUGGAGCAGUGCUUUAGUUGUUCUCCACUCUCCCUUGCAGUGGAAACACAGUGGGGGCACGGAAGAGCCUUUGCUCCUUCACAGUAGGGAAGAUCAGUGUCACAAGGAGAUGACUUGAUCAAGGGAAGCUUAUUGCAAAGCCAAGGCUGAACCCAACUCCAGGCACAGGAUUUGACCAACCUUCCCCUCAUGUCCCUCUAGCACAUGAUUUCAGCUGGUCCUUUGGCUGCCUCUACCUCUACUGUCCUUCAAACAGGGGAAAACAUAUCCACGAAGGAAAGGAAUAUGCUUGGCUGUUGGCAAAGCUCUGUGCCAUAGACCUUGGCUCACCACAGGCAGAGCAGGGAGCUUUGCAGAGGAGGGACACGAUGUUCCCUUUGCCUUGACAUGAAACAUUUGGCCUGGGAACAGUUGUGCAGGAAGAGUUUCGGUCUGGUGUUUCACAAGGCAAAGGGGAAAUGCAUUUUGCCUUUUCAAAAGUGGCAUGUGGCUCAGCCAGACUGUAGGUUGAAAGCUUGCUAUGCAAUGGAGUGGGGUCCUUGGGCUUGCAGGGGUAAUGCUGCUUAGUCUAAGCAGCCAGUUCAUGGUGGGGAGUUCUCUCCUUCCACCAUUCUCUGCAGAUGAGCAACCACACAGAUGAUGUCAGCUGUUAAUACAGAUCACAAGUGAGUGGGGAACUGCACUCCCAGCAGCGACUGGCUCACAGAUGUGUACUCUUAGGCAGGCACUAUCCUGCUGUCUCCCUGCCAACCACAUAUCUGGGUCCCAUUUGUCUCUAAAAUAGUGGGUAAGUGCGCAAAUCUUGCCCCAAACCUGCCAGAGGGGAAUCAGAGAGAGAAUAGGAAAGGGGAGAAAAAGCCAAUGGGCAGAAUCUGUUUUUACAGAACCAUGCUCAGCUCCACUAGCUGAUAAAGCACAAAGGCUUUCUGUUCCCCAUCUGCAUGCCAAGCUGACGAUGCCCCCAUAGAAAAGGGAAAGACUCACCGACAGCUUUCUCUUGGCUGCAGAUCUCUUUCAGGCAUAUAUGUGGGCUCUUUUAUUUACAGUCAUUCCCUAUUUCUUCUGCUUUUUCUCUCCUUGUUUUCUGCUGCUCUGUUUUUCUUCCCAGCCUAGCCCUGCUCAGACACAGUACUGGAACAAUAAGCAGUUUUAACAGGUGUGAUCUGAAUAGAAUGUUUCUGGUGGUUUUCUUUAGCACAUAAAGCUUCAACUCCUGGAGUCCCAUGCAAUUCUCAACCCAUUUAAGAGAUGUGACUUUCAGCUCCAACAGCUGCAGCAAAACACUGAUGAAAAGGACCUCAAAAGGGUAAAACUGUAGGAAGGGCGUCCACAAUAUCACUUUUUUGAUGGAAACUGUUUUGGGAUUUAGGACAAAUUAUUCUGAACAGACAGGAAUGGUAAAUCCCAUUUCUUUCUACCAUGCUGCUGUGGCUUGGGACCUUCUCAGAGCCGAGGGUGUCCAUGUGUCCGAGUGCCCCAAUGUCCUGUGCCUCAGCUGCCAGUGCCCCCAGGAGUCCAUUUGGGAUUCUGUAUACACAGAAAUGUGGCUCUCACCUCUUAUCAUAACAAAUUGUUUUAGGAAACUGCUUCUCUGCAGGGAAAACUGCUCUCAGGCUCUGUUUAGAGCCUCUAAGUGCCUGGCUGUGUUUGAAGGACAGCUUCUCUUUUGCUGAGUUGCUUCACUGGCUUGAGAAGACACUUCUGCAGGGAGAAAUGUUGAUAUUAAAUAUCCCUCCAGCUGUAAACAAAACUCCAGUGCUAUAUUAAUGGAAAUCUCUUUCUCCCCAGCAAAUAGAGAGGGGUUGGGGGCAGGAAGGGGCUGGAGGGCAGAAGAAAGGAGACGACCUUGUUGCUGUUUCUCAUGCAGGUCUGACCUAAAUGUGUGCAAGGAGGGCUCUUUGUCUCCUUCUAGAGGCUGGUUUGGGAACAAAACUUACAAACUGGCUGUUGGUUCUGGAGGAGUCAAAAUCUCUCCACCAGAGGUGUUUCUGCUGUUUUAUUCCUUUGCGUACUGAUCCUUUGGGUUCACCCACUGAAGGUGAUUUCUCCAAGGAUGUGAAAUCUAAGGUUGUUAAAGAAAAGCCCUGCCUCACAGUCAGAAGGUCUGGGCCUAUGGAUGGGUACACGGGCAGAGUUGGGGUUGGGAGAGAUGGUCAAAGGACCCAGUGAGGGAUGUGUGAGCUCUCUUCAGACUCAAGCCUUGGGCAGCCUCCCCUUGAUCUCCUUGGUUGUGUGAGAGCAUCUGAUUCUCUUGCCUGGGAAGGCAGAAGUACUCAGAUUUCAAGCAGGCCGUGUCCUUUGUGGUGGGAGAUGCUGUCAUGCCCCAGCCAUGCUGGCAAUAGUGCCUGUAGAUGUGGGCUGCCUGGCAUCUCUGAUCUGUUUUCUCCUCUAGCCCUGCAGUGUCCUCACUGGUUGCUCUCUGUGGAGCUGGCGGUGGAUGUAAAGAACCACUCCCAGUGACUAAAGGCCAUAUGCAUGAAUGCUUUUUCCCCAAUAGCCCUCACGGCCCCACUUAAAGAGUUGCUCCCAGCUCCUUAGGGACAAAAUGUCCCGUUGUGGAAAGUAUUUCGGCCAUUAGCGUGCUCAAGACCUCACCCAAGAUUAGGAGACUGUUGUGCAACACGCAAGUGACAUUUCCGGCCCUGGGGACCUUGCAGCCUUCAUAAACAGUAGGUGUGAGGGGAAGAAGAUCUGUUGUAAGCUGGUGACUGGGAGCCGGCCAGGACCAAACCCACCCACUCCAUAAGCUGGCUCAUUUAGCGUGGUUCUGUGAUCUGCUCUCAUGUGAGCAGCUCCUUCGUGGACUAGAGGCAGAGUUUGAUAAAGCAUUAAAAUAGAAAGCCGUUAGCGUUAGCCAACACCAGGUUUAAGGAUCCAACCCAUAAAAAAAGGCCCAAAUGAUCACAAGACCGAUAUAAUCUAAGAUAAGGGUUGGGCAAAGUCACUCCAGGAGCUGAGCCUUCGAAGAGGAACACGAGACUUUCUAGCACACGUGGCAAGGGAGGCUGUUCCAACCACGGGACUGUUUCUUUCCUCGCCCAACUGGCAAAUGUUAUCCUUUCCUUAACCCUGCUCCACACAUGGCUUUGGGAGGAGGACUAAAUCUUUCGAGGAGGAUCUCCUAGCAGAAAGGCUAUUAUAGAAGUCACCGGAUGGGCCCAUAAAUCUCCAUUAUCAGGCAGUGGCUCCUGCACCAUGAAACGGAAAUCGUUGCCCUGAGUGCAACUGGGGGAGCCUUUCCUUCCAUUCCAUUGUUCAGGUCCCUCUGGGAGCCGUUCAGGCAAUUUGCUGCCUGAAUAAACGUUUCCUUUCUCGGCUGCUAGUACAAGGUGAGGGAACGAAUAAGUGUCAGGGGAUCUCAUAAUGCCAGGAUUUAGAGCUCCAGCCCCAACACAGCAGCCAAGAAAACACAUUGCUGCUUCUAUGAGGAGCCUCCAGUCUGCCACGCCUUAAGCCCUGUUAUUUAUAACAAAGGGCAAACGAAGCAAUCAGCAAGCAUGCCCCAAACUGGGUACAGAUUUGGACGCCACGAUAUAAAGAAGGACAUAAAACUAUUAGAGGGUCCAAAGGAAACCUAUGAAGAUGGCUCCUGUUACUGUGGGCUCAGAGCACUAGGAAUGGCCUUGUCUCAGUGAGGACCUUGGAGAUGCUGUGGCCUUCUCACGAGAACCCAUGUGUGGGUAGGGGUUCUUCAUCCCAGUUAUGCCCCUGAGGGAGGGAGGCAGGCAAAGACCAUUGCCCAUACUUUCAAAAAUGAGCAGCUAUUUUGAGUGUUUGGGUUUCCUAUGCCUUGGAGUCUGGCCACGUCAAACUACGUGGGUUACUGCUGGUAAGCUCAUCUUAUUAUUUUACAGACCCACACAUAGGGCAGUUCAGAAGACUCCCCUUCACAACUUCAGCCCUGAAUUCAGUGAUGCUGUGAAAUUAGAGCACCUCUUUUAGGAAGCAAUCUAGUCUCUUGCCUUUUCUCCAUUGGUGCCAAAACGUGUUACCCUUUCAUUCUCCGAAAGGUGCUCACGAAGACUGCAUUGUCUUCUCUGAGCCAAUCUUGAGUAGUUUCCAAGACACAUCCUUCUAGAGAACAUCCCUGCUGAGAAGAACUUGCCAUCACCAAGCACGCCUUGAAGAAAGAGAAGCUAUUUCUCUUCCAGGUGAGACUUGUUGAAGUCAAGGAGGCCUGACACGACUCUAGGAAUGGCUUUAAUGCACUCCACAGAUGCCAUCUUCUGACUCAGUGCUGGGUGGUGCGUGCAGGGGACGCACCCAUCUGCUAUCUCCCCAUGAGGCUGUCAUUAAGGAGAGCCACCCAUUGCAUGGAGCCUCAGCGUGACCUGGGAACAAAGUCUGCUCCUUCUCCAUCUCUGGUUAUUCCUAUUUAUUAGCGUUUCACAAGGCUCACCUUUGUCUGCAGCUGAGAGUGGAAAAUCAUAUUUAUGCUAUCCUAACCAAGGGCUAGUCCAUCUCUUGACAUUUCCAAAGUUUUUGCCUUUUUUUGCUUUUGCUUUGGUUAAAAACAUUCAGAUUUUGGUUUUCUAGCAUAAAAUUCACCAAGAAAGAUGACGUUUUGUAAUUAUUAUUCAAGGGCACAACUGAAAUCAGCCAAGGGUUUUAACUGUUGUCUUUGGACUACCCCUGCUAUGCCCAGUCCUCCCUGGAUUGUGUCAAUGACUCUCGCUGACCUAGUUUUAAAGAGGAAAGGAUUUUCUCACAAGAUGAAAAUUACUAUAAUAUAAUAAAGUUGCUUUUUUUGGGAAGAGGGGGAAAUGAUUAAUCCAAAACCUCAGAAAUUUCUAAGAUGAAAAAAAACGGUGAAAUGUUUUCCUUUCUUGAGAUUUUUUUAAGGAAAUUAGUUCCUUCCUGACCAACUCUUCCAAUUCCUCCUCUUUUCAAAGGAAGUUUAUUUGAUCUGGAUUUUGGCUGUGACUCAGUGAUGAUUUUAAAGGGGAAAGUGAGGCAUUAUGGUUGUAGCAUCACUGAGUCCACAUGUACAAAAAACAACUGGAGGGAUUCCCAUCUUUCCUAAAACACCAGCAUUGCUCAAAGGUAAUGAGGUUUCCAUAAGAGGCUGAGAAGAUACCAGAUUCCUUCACUUCUGGUUCCUGAGCCCCUUAGGUACACUCAUUUCCUGUUUUCUAGCAUUUCCCUAUUGCCACAUAGUGUAAUCUCCUGCCAUUUUUAGCCUGGUUGUCUAGAGAAAACUAAGCUCACAUGAAUCCUCCUCCAUGUCUGGUUAUCACUCCCACCUCAGCCAUUUUUUAAUCCUUUGGUUGUCCAAGGAGGUUGUGGAUGCCCCAUCCCUGGA